AUGGGUGGGAAAAUUGACAGGACUGUUAACACUGGUGGUGCCCCCCCGACUUUUAGGUUAUAUGGACAAAACUUUCACUUAAUGGGUAGUUUACUACCACAGUCUGGUGGACGACCAAAGUUUGCUCAAUUGUAUAUUUAUGAUACACAACAUGAGAUAGACAAUCGUCUAACUUUAUUGGGGGAUGAUCAUUCAACAAAUACAAUUCAUCGUGAAAUUGUGAAAGACAUCAAGGAUGCACUAGAUGAAAAUAAUGUUUUAGUCAAGAGUUUUAGGAUGGCGAAAACAAAUAUGGAAAGUAAUCAAAGAGUGGAUAUUAAAAUAAAACUCAUUGGUAAAAGGACCACGGAUGCAAGGACAUAUAACUUGCCACAAGUUGGGGAGGUUGCGGCAUUGAUUGUUGGUGAUUUGGAUCCAAACAUGGGAGAAAGAGAUAUACUGGUGGAGUCUCAAGCGGGUCAUUUUCAAAGAAUAACUGAACUAAAUCCAGCAUAUCUACCAAUGCAAUAUCCACUACUAUUUCCAUACGGUGAGGACGGAUACAGGGACGAUAUACAGUUUAAUAAUGUGCAAGGCCGGAGUUCAAAUGCACGAACUAAAAUUAGCCCAAGAGAGUAUUUUUCAUUCCGUUUGCAAGAUCGGCUCAAUGAAAUGUCAACAUUGCUAUAUGCUAGACGAUUGUUUCAACAAUAUUUGGUUGAUGCUUAUACCAUGAUAGAAUCAGGACGGUUAGUUUAUAUUAGGUCGCAUCAAAAGUCAUUGAGGUGUGAAUCAUACAAAUGUUUGACAGAUGCACUAACACGUGGUGAAGUAGAUCCUACUGCCAAGGAAAGCGGAUUAUUUUGCCAUCGAGUUUUACAGGAGUGGCCUGAGAUAGAAAGAUUUUUACAAUCAAGGAAACUGAAAGCUGAAGAUAGGCCAGAUAUAGUUUGCCGUGUGUUUAAAAUGAAAUUAAAUGCACUGAUAAAAGAUAUUAAAAAGGAGAAGAUUUUUGGACUGGUGGAUGCAGUUCCCGUGUUUGCAGUUAUUUAUACCAUUGAAUUUCAGAAAAGGGGAUUGCCACAUGCACACAUUUUGAUAUUCUUGAGCAAGAGUAACUCUUAUCCUAAUCCUAAAGAUAUUGACAUGAUCAUAUCUGCUGAGAUUCCAAGUCAAUUGUGCGACCCUGAGUAUUAUAAAGCAGUAGAAGAAUUUAUGAUUCACGGUCCAUGUGGUGCAGCGAGGAAGAAUUCACCUUGCAUGAAAAAUGGUAUUUGCUCUAAAUACUUCCCCAAAAAAUUUGUGGAAAACUCAACAGUGGAUUUUGAUGGAUAUUCAAUAUAUCGACGUCGAGAUAAUGGUCGUACAGUACGGAAGAAUGGUAUUAACCUUGAUAGUAGAUAUGUUGUGCCACACAAUAGAUAUUUGCUUAUGAAGUACAAGGCUCAUAUUAAUGUGGAGUGGUGCAACCAAUCUAGAUCAAUUAAGUACUUAUUCAAAUACGUCAACAAAGGGAAUGAUAGGGUAACAGCUGAAUUCUACAAUAGUGGGGUGGAAGAAUCUACGGGGAAAAUUGUAGAUGAAAUCAAAAUGUACUAUGACUGUAGAUAUAUUUCACCCCCUGAGGCUGCGUGGAGGAUUUUUGGCUUUGACAUACAAUUUAGGAACCCAUCUGUUGAACGUUUGAGUUUCCAUCUUCCCAAUGAGCAAUCAAUAAUUUUUCAUGACGAUGAUUUGGUCGAUGAUGUGGUGAAUCGACCAACAGUAGCUCAAAGCAUGUUUACUGCCUGGUUUGAAGCUAAUAAAAAGUAUGCAGCAGGGAGGGAGUUGACUUAUUCACAAAUGCCAACAAAAUUUGUUUGGAAGAGUGAUAAAAGAGAAUGGCAACCUAGGCAAAGAAAUUGGGCAAUUGGGCGAAUCUUUUAUGUGCCACCAAAUACUGGUGAGAUCUUUUAUCUUAGGUGUUUACUUAAUAUAGUUCGUGGACCGACUUCAUUUGAUGAGAUUAAAAAGGUGGAUGGUGUUCAAUACAAUUCCUUUAGAGAUGCGUGUUAUGCCCGGGGAUUAAUUGAAGAUGAUAAAGAGUAUAUUGAUGCAAUCACGGAGGCAUCAACGUGGUCCUUAGCAAGUUCUCUACGGAAGUUGUUUGUUACACUUCUAACAUCCAGUUCGAUGGCCAAACCAGAAAAUGUUUGGGAGAUGGUUUGGCCAUUCUUAUCAGAUGAUGCUGAAUAUGUUUAUAGAAGGAACCUAUCAGUCCCAGAUUUAAACAUGAAUGAAUCUCAAAAAAAGAAUUUUGCGCUGCUUGAAAUGGAGAAAUUGUUGAAUGCUUGGAACAAAUCUCUAUCAGAUUACCCACCAAUGCCAAUGCCAGAUGGAAACAAUGAUUGGAUUUGUGGUAAUAGGUUGUUGUUAGAGGAAAUGUCAUAUGAUAGGGAAGCUCUAAUGCAUCUACAUGAUUUAUUGCAUCCGAAACUAACUGAUGAACAACUACUCAUAUAUAAUAAGGUGAUUGGAGAUGUUGAAAAUGAGAAAGGUGGAUUGUACUUCGUAUAUGGUUACGGUGGAACCGGAAAAACAUUUUUGUGGAAGACAAUUUCAGCUGCUUUAAGGUCCAAAGGAGAGAUAGUUCUUAAUGUAGCCUCAAGCGGAAUAGCUUCUUUGCUGCUGCCUGGCGGUAGGACUGCACACUCCAGAUUUGCCAUACCGCUUGCUGUUAAUGAAGAUUCAACCUGCCACAUAAAGCAAGGCAGUCCGCUUGCUGAAUUGAUAAUCAAGUCCAAAUUAAUAAUUUGGGACGAAGCUCCGAUGAUGCACAAACAUUGCUUUGAAGCAUUGGAUCACACAAUGCGAGACUUAAUGCGGUUCAAAAAUUCAAGGAGCUCAACAAUGACAUUUGGAGGGAAAACUGUGGUGUUGGGUGGAGACUUUAGACAAAUCCUACCAGUUAUUCCCAAAGGUACUAGACAAGAUAUAAUACAAGCCAGCAUUAAUUCAUCUUACUUGUGGAAUAAUUGUGAAGUUCUUCGUCUAACGAAGAAUUUAAGAUUGCGCGGUGUUAGUGAUGAAGAUGAUUUGGAGAAGUUAGAUAGUUUUGCCAAGUGGAUUGCGGAUUUAGGUGAUGGUAAUCUUGGUGAAGACAACAAUGUUGAUUGCAAUAUAAUAAUGCCGUCUUCCAUUGUAUUACAGAAUGAGGUUGAUCCAAUAAAACAAAUUGUGGAAAACACAUUCCCUGGAUACCGUUCUGGCAACAUGGAUGAAAGACAAUUAGAGGAUAGAGCUAUUUUAGCUCCAACAUUGGAUGUUGUUGACGAGGUCAAUGAAUACAUGAAUGGUAUUAAUCAAGCUGCAUCAAGGACAUAUUUGAGUUGUGAUUCUAUUUGCAAGGCUGAGACAAACUUUGAUAUGCAAUCUCAGUAUCUCGAGUCAGUAAUCCGGAUGGUCUUAAGGUCUUAA